UUUAUCAUGGGGAUGCUUGGCAUUGAAGAGCUGGUUACCGGCAAGACAUGUGGGAUCAAAGAGCCAGAGGAGGCUGACAACCAGCAGUUUGCUACUGGGGAGUACGAGACGUCUGUUAGCCAAGAGAAGCAGGAUGACCUGAGGUCCAACAGAGACCUUUCAGAUGGCCAUGAGAAUGACAAGGUUGACCACCAUAAAGCCGACUACCUAGAUGACCUGCAGAAGAUUCUAGAACGUAAGAAGAGAAGGAGAACCAGGAGAGUUCCAGUCAGAAAGCACAAGCCUGCGCCUGAGAUUGUGCCAUAUUAUGUGGAUGAAGACGAUUUCCUGAAAGCUGCCGAGGAGAACAAAAUGGCCAUUAUCGACAAGUACCUCGAGAAGCUUGGUGACCCAAACACCUGCGAUACGUUCAAUCGCACAGCACUGCACAAGGCCAGUUACAAAGGCCACGUGGACAUUGUUAAAAGGCUUCUUGAAGCUGGGGCAAGGGUUGAGCAAAAAGACAAGCUGGAGUCCACUGCUCUUCACUGUGCCUGUCGAGGAGGAAGCCUUCCUGUACUGGAGCUGCUGCUCAACCAUAAUGCCAAAGUCACAGCUCGGGAUAAGCUGAACAGCACGCCCCUACACGUGGCUGUGAGAACCGGACACUACGAGUGUGCUGAACACCUCAUUCACUGUGGUGCGGACAUCAAUGCCAAAGACAGGGAUGGAGACACGGCAAUGCAUGACGCGGUCAGACUCAACCGGUUUAAAAUCAUCCAGCUGCUUCUGCUGCAUGGGGCUAACAUGAAAAUGAAAAACUCGGAGGGGAAGUCACCGAUGGACAGUGUCCACGAGUGGCAGAGCGGGGCGAAAAAUCUGCUGGACAAGUUCAACGAAGAGAAAGGCUCCUCUCCAAAGUGAUUGGUGGAAGAUUCCAGAAGCUAUUUGCAACACCUGCGAUGGCUAUACAGAUAGAAGUGUGAUGUUUGUCUAUAUGUGUAAAUGCUUGGGUGAGUGAAAUCGACAAGGGCAAAGUUGUUCUUGUGCUCGCAGUUGGCAUCUACUGCUAGCAUCUUGAUUCAAGUCAGCUGCAGUGAAAUUGAGUUAAGACUUGUGUUUUGAACCAGAAUUGCUGCUUCAUGAUUUUUUUUUGAGUUUCAUAAUGUCAUUAGUGAAACAGAUGGCAAGAGUGAUAAGUGAUUAUGAAAGACUAGGGGUUUGUUACAGAUGACGAUGGGACUCUAAGGUUGGUUGUCUGAAGGAAUUUUUGAAGGUUGUACGUAUUCACAUGGAUUCUACAGCAUGUCUCCUAUUAUUAGACAGAUUGUUUACUUUUUAAUAAUUUGUUAGCAUAUGUUUAAGUAGCAUUUAGACAUUUUAGCAAUGUAGCAAAAUGUACUGAGGUCAAGGAACAGAAAACUGUUUUGAAAUUCGAUGAUCUUAAAAUACAUAUGUAUGGCGCAUUUCUUUGUACAAUAUUUGAUUUAUUUUGUAAAUUUUGACUUGCGCUUUGUGCAACAUGAAUAAACAGAUAAUAUCA